UUUUUAAAGGAUGAAAACAACCGCGUUGCGAACAUUAUGUAAACAUUUUAAAAUUGCAAAAACAAUCUUUUAAAAAAAUUUUGAUUUUCAAACAUUUCAAUACAAAAUUAAAUAGCUAAACCAUGAUAUGGUAUAUAUUGAGUUUUGCAUCUCAUUUGUAUCGUACAGUUUCUAAUGCCUUUCAAUGGCGUGCGUACGAUUUCAAGGAGACGGAAAAUGAAGAUCUAUCAGAAAAAUAUAGUUCCUUUUAUACUUCAAAGCGUACAAGUAAUACCUCUAUUAAGUUUGAUGGGUCUAAAAAGAUGAGACUAGGAAGAACAAUGUCAUUAUCAGGUGGUGUUGAUGGAACUGGGCAGUGCAUUGCUGUUUUAACUAGCGGAGGAGAUUCUCAAGGUAUGAAUGCUGCAAUACGAGCCACUAUCAGAAUGGGAAUAUAUGCUGGUGCAGAAAUGUAUGCAGUACAUUGGGGGUACCAAGGUUUAGUAGAUGGUGGUGACAACAUUAAAAAAGUUUGUUGGGAAGAUGUUAGCGGUAUCCUAAAUAAGGGUGGAACGGUAAUAGGUACUGCUCGAUGCCAAGACUUUCGUGAUCGGAAAGGCCGCAAGAAAGCAGCUUUAAAUCUUGUACAAAGAAAAAUUUCAAACCUGGUUGUAAUCGGAGGUGACGGAAGUCUGACCGGAGCUGAUAUUUUUCGCAAAGAAUGGCCAUCAUUAAUUCAAGAACUUUUAGCUGAGGGUUUAAUUACAGAAACAGAUUAUGAAAUGUGUCCCUACUUAAGUAUUGUUGGGAUGGUUGGAAGCAUUGAUAAUGAUUUUUGUGGAACUGAUAUGACUAUUGGUGCAGACACAGCUCUUCAUAGAAUUCUUGAAAAUGUUGAUGCUAUUUCUACUACAGCUGAAAGUCAUCAAAGAGCUUUUAUUUUGGAAGUUAUGGGAAGGAAUUGUGGAUAUUUGGCACUAGUUGCAGGAAUUAGCAGUGGAGCUGAUUGGAUUUUUAUCCCAGAAUGGCCUCCAGAGGAUGGAUGGGAGAGUGAAUUAUGUGAAAAUCUGAAAAAGAUGCGUUCAAAAGGAAGACUUUUAACUAUUAUAAUCAUAUCUGAAGGUGCUCAAGAUAUUCAUGGAAAUCCUAUUACUGCAAAUAAAGUUAAAGAGCUCCUGACCAAUUCUCUAAAGUUAGAUACUCGUGUUACUAUACUUGGCCAUGUUCAAAGAGGUGGUAGACCUUCUGCUUUUGAUAGAAUACUGGCAAGUCGAUUAGGUUGUGAAGCUGCAUUGUCAAUUAUUGAGGCAAAUGUUGCGUCUGAACCUAUGGUUAUGUGCUUAGAAGGUUCUCAAAUUAUUGCAAGACCUCUGCAUCAAUGUGUAGAAUGGUGUAAUGAAAUCAAAGCAGCCUACAAUGAGAAAAAUUUUAAGAAAGUAGUUGAGCUAAGAGGAAGUUCAUUUCAAACAAGUUUAGAAAUGUACACGAUAUUAAAACAUGCAUCUUUUCCCACUGAGAGUAAGCAGGGCUAUACACUUGGUGUUAUUAAUGUUGGUGCCCCUGCUGGUGGAAUGAAUGCUGCUGUGCGCUCUUUUGUAAGAACAGCACUUUAUCAUGGACAUACUGUUCUGGGAAUAACAAAUGGGUUUGAUGGAUUGUUAGAGAAUAGUGUUCAUACAAUGACGUGGUCUGAAGUUGAUAAGUGGACAGAAAUAGGUGGAUGUAUGUUAGGUGUUACAAGAACAUUACCUAGUACCGAUCUUGAAAAGAUCCAUCGUAGACUUGAAGAGCAUCACAUUGAUGGUUUAUUUAUUGUUGGAGGAUUUGAGGCUUUUGUUAGUUUGAUUCAAUUAACUGAAGCAAGAAGCAGUUAUAGUGCUUUUAGAAUACCAAUGGUUCUUGUUCCAGCUACAAUGAGUAAUAAUGUACCUGGAACUUGGUUUUCACUUGGUGCUGAUACUACCCUAAAUGUCAUUGUUGAGUGUUGUGAUAAGAUUCGUCAAUCAGCUGGUAGUACUGCUCGGAGUGUCUUUAUUGUCGAAACAAUGGGUGGAAAAUGUGGAUAUUUACCAACCAUGGCAGCUAUUGCAGCAGGGGCUGAUUCAGCAUACAUUUUUGAGGAAUGUUUAACACUUGAAGAACUUAAGAGAAACAUUGAUCACUUAAAAAAUAAGUUCACUAACAGUGGUUUACGAAGAGGUUUAGUUCUUAGAUCUGAACACUGCAAUAGUAAUUAUACAACCGAUUUCAUAACAAGACUUUAUUCUGAGGAAGGAAAAAAACUCUUUGUUGUACGCAGUAAUGUUCUUGGACAUAUUCAACAGGGGGGUUCACCUUCAACCUUUGAUAGACUGUACGGAACUAGAUAUGGUGUAAAAGCACUUCACUUUUUGCUUCAGAAAAUUGAAGAAGCCAAAGAUGAAUUUGGUUUAGUAAAUGCUACUUCAUCUGAUUCUUCUUGUGUUCUUGGGCACAUUAAAAACCACAGUCAAUUUACUCCUGUACUUGACUUAAAAGAUAAAACUGAUUUUGUAAACCGAUUACCUAAACAUUAUUGGUGGAAAAGAACUCGCCCUUUGCUUAAAGUUCUGGCACAAUAUAAAGUUAUGUUCGCAAGGGAAGUAGAGAGUCAUGCUGAAGAAAACAGUAUAAAAAAUUACAUUGAUGAAGUUGAAGCUGAAGCAUUUGUAGAUGAUAUGAAGAUGCCUUAAAAAAAAUUUAUCUUUAAUAUACGCAAAAGAAUUUAGUUUUAAAAUUUAAAUUUAAAUAUAUAUAUACAAAUUAAGUUUAGUUUUUUAUUUUUAUUAUUUAGUAUCUUAUUCAUUUGUUUCACGUUUAUGUAUUUGUUUUACAUUAAUGCAUUAUCUCACUUUUUUUGUAUUUGCAAGCAACUAUUUUUAACUUUUAUUUCUUAUUGUGAUCAAAUUUACCUUUAUCAAUUUUAAGUUUUUGCUUGUUUCUAUUUAUUGAAUAAAUAUUGACUCUAUUGUAUUUAAUAUUAUUUAAUUGUAAUCUAUGAAAUACAAAGGAAUUGUAUGUAUA